AUGAACAAGCUAAUUUUGUUAUGUGCCAUUUUUGGCAUCGUCUUUAUGGGUGAGGCUGUCUGCAAACUUCUCGAAUGUACUGAAGAUCACGAGAGGAACCCGCUGGCAAAGUGCUGGUGCGGAAGUGUCUUGUGCAGUGACGGCAAUUACUGUGCCAUACCUAGCCAGGUAAGUGAAGAACCAAGCUGCAGGCCAAGAUCUGAAUAUGUAGAGAGGAAUUUGCCUGGCGGAACAAGGAGACCGCGAACAACCCCCCGAGGAAUUUGUGAUGAUACUGUGCAGAGGCCUAUAUCACCUGAUGUCUAUGGGUGUGAUUCAUGA